UCACCGUGUCCCCGACCUACCAGCCGUCAUCCUAUAUUAUCCGCCCGAGCUCUGCCCCAGUACAAUCCCUCAAUGGCAUUUUCGUAUAAUAUUUGUGGUAAGGUUGUGAGCCAUUAUAAAUCUUUGGCAUAAACCCUAGAAGCCUGAUAAGUUUUCUGUGUCGUCCUCCUCUUUCGGUGCAAAUAUCAGUCAGGCCCAAUAACUUUCUUUCUAUCUGGCAGUUAUUAAUUCACAUAAUUAAAUCGGUAAUCCGGAGAAACGAAAAGAAAAAAGAAAGAAAUGCCGGGCUUAACGUGCAACGCCUGUAACAAAGAGUUCAAGGACGAUGGGGAGCAAAAGCUCCAUUACAAGUCCGAUUGGCACCGCUACAAUCUCAAGCGAAAGGUAGCUGGGGUUCCUGGAGUGACAGAAGCACUGUUUCUGGCAAGACAGUCUGCAAUUGCUCAGGAAAAAGGUAAAUCAAAUGAGACCCCCAUGCUCUACAGUUGUGGUACUUGCGGUAAGGGAUAUAGAAGUGCCAAGGCUCAUGAGCAGCAUCUUAAAUCAAGAAGUCAUAUUAUACGCGCUUCUCAAGGAACGAGUAAUGAAGAACAGGAUAAGGCAAUAAUAAAGCCACUAGUCCCCCGAGCUGAAAAUAAGAGGCCCCCAUGGAGGGAGGAAGACAAUGAAGAAAGUGAAGAUGAGUGGGAAGAGGUUGAUCCAGAGGAAAUGUCGCUUGAUUUAGCCACAAACUCUUUGACCAGUUUGCAUGUAAAUGAGCUUGUUUCUGACGACGAUAUGGAUGAGAAUGAUGUCAAUUCUGACGUAGACUUGGAUCCAUCUUGCUGUUUUAUGUGUGAUCUAGAGCAUGAUAGCAUAGAAAGCUGCAUGGUUCAUAUGCACAAGCAACAUGGUUUCUUCAUUCCAGAUGUCGAGUACUUGAAGGAUCCAGAAGGUUUGCUCACAUAUCUUGGCCUUAAGGUCAUGAGGGAUUUUAUGUGUUUAUAUUGCAAUGAUCGAUGUCAGCCCUUCAACAGCUUGGAAGCUGUUAGGAAGCACAUGGCAGCAAAAAGUCAUUGCAAAGUCCAUUAUGGCGAUGGUGGGGAUGAUGAAGAAGUAGAAUUGGAGGAGUUUUAUGAUUACAGCAGCAGUUACAUGGAUGAGGAUGGAAAGCAGCUGGUGGCAGCUGGUGAAACAGGAACUAUAGUAGAGCUUGGUGGCGGGUCUGAGCUUAUUAUAACCAGUAGAACCAACAAUGGAACAUUGAGUAAAACACUUGGUUCCCGUGAAUUUUUCUGUUACUAUCGCCAGAAGCCACGCCCAUCAGCAACGAAUCAUGUGGCUUUUAACAUUGGCAUCAAGGUUUGGUAUACUUCUCUGUACAGAAGCAUGGGGUUAGCUACCGUACAAUCUAGGAAAGAUGUGGUAAGGAAGAAGGUCAUGAAGGAGGUGAGUAGAUCAGGGGUGGAGGCCAUGCGCACCAAACUUGGUAUGAAGAGUAACGUCAUCCGCAAUCUGCCCAAAAAUGUUCCCUAUUAGACACUGACUAGCAAUCUUUUCUAUUGUUCAUUCAGAAAAUAUCACCUACCUGCUUUUUGUUUACUAUUUUUUUCUUCUAUAGCUUUGUUUCCAAGACUUGGUCGCAGUUUUUGGCUCUGUUCUGCAGGUCUGAUGUGUAUGUUGUUCCGCACUUUUUCUUGUUUAACAGUUUUUAGUACUUUCUUAAGUUGG